AUGAGUUUACCUUCUAGCGAGAUAUCAAGAGAUAAGCAUGCGCCAAGAUAUAUCGUUUUUGUCGCCGGCUUAGCCCAUAACACAACGAAAGAAGAAUUGAUCAAACAUUUUGAAGCAGCCUGUGGGCCAUCUUCAGUUCGAAUUAUUACUGAUAAACAUACAAAAAAAGCAAAGGGAUUUGCGUUCGUCGAAUUUGAUAAUGUUCAAUCCAUGAAAAAUGCUCUUCGUUUCCAUCAUACGAUAUUCAAGAAAAGAAAGAUAAGAGUGGAAUUAACUGCUGGAGGUGGUGGGAACAAAAGUGAGACAAGACUCAAUAGAUUACGGGAAAAGAAGGAGAAAUUGGAGAAGGAAAGGCGGAAAUAUCACGAGACCCACGUUGCACCCUUAAAGUUGCAAUCGGAUACUAAGGCUGAAUCACAUCCCCUCCCGCAACGGCCGACUGAGCUGCAAAGGGAACGUAGUAGAAAUAAAUACAACAAGCCGAAAUAUGGGCGCAAAGUGCAAAUUGAAGAAAUGAGAAAACCGAGGAAUAUCCAAGGAGCUAAUGCGAUAUCCGUCGACAAACCAAGGACAUUUAGCAACCAGUAG